AUGCCGGAUCGCGCCAGCUACAACAACGGCAGCAGCGGCGAUGAGGUGGGCGCCAACGCCGACGACAUCUGCCGCGAUUUCCUCCGCAACGUCUGCAAGCGAGGGAAGCGCUGCCGCUUCCGGCACCCCGACAUCAGCGAGGUCACCAACCUGGGCGUGCGCAAGAACGAGUUCAUCUUCUGCCACGACUUCCAGAACAAGGAGUGCGUCCGUCUCAACUGCCGCUUCAUCCACGGCACCAAGGAGGACGAGGACUGCUACAAGAAGACGGGGGAGCUGCCCCCGCGCCUGCGGCAGAAGGUGGCCGCCGGGCUGGGCCUCUCGCCCGCUGACUUGCCCAACAGCAAGGAGGAGGUGCCCAUCUGCAGGGACUUCUUGAAGGGCGACUGCCAGCGGGGCGCCAAGUGCAAGUUCCAGCACCUGCAGCGGGACUACGAGUACGAUGCGCGAGGCCUGGCCGCCCGCGAGCAGGGCAUCGUCCCCGCCGUCCGCCGCUACGACGACCACGACCCCGUGCUGAAGCGGCGGCGGGUGGACGGGCUGCACUUCGAGACCUACGAGUACAGCUUCGCCAGCCCGCGGACGGUGGAGUACCGGCUGCUGGAGGAGGAGAACAUCAUGCUGCGCAAGCGGGUGGAGGAUCUCAAGAAGCAGGUGAACAACCUGCUGGCCACCAACGAGGUGCUGCUGGAGCAGAACGCCCAGUUCCGCAACCAGGCCAAGGUGAUGACGCUGAGCUCCACCGCCACCGCCACCGAGCAGACUCUGGCCCCCACCGUGGGCACCGUCACCAACUACAACCACAGCAUCGCCCAGACGCACACCACGCUCAGCAGCCAGGCCCUCCAGCCCCGCCCCGUCUCCCAACAGGAUUUGGUGGCUCCCGCCGGGGCCCAGGCGGCUCCCCCCGCCAACGCCGCUCCCCCCAUGAACCCCGAAAUCACCCCGCUUUCCGCCGCCCUGGCCCAGACCAUCGCGCAGGGCAUGGCCCCCCCGGUCUCCAUGGCGCCGGUGGCCGUGUCGGUGGCGCCGGUGGCCGUCUCCAUGGCCCCGCCGCUGGGGGGGGUCACCCUGAGCCGCGUCCGGCCGGGGAAACUGAGGCACGGGGCUGGGUGGGGCCGUGCCCCCGCGGCCUCGCGAGACCCCCGGCCCCUCUGCCCGCAGGUGAGCUUCCCGGACGUGGAGAGGGCGGAAUGGCUGAACAAGAUCCUGGCGCAGGCCUGGCCCUUCUUCGGGCAGUACAUGGAGAAGCUGCUGGUGGAGAACGUCGCCCCGUCCAUCCGGGCCUCCAACACCCACCUCCAGACCUUCACCUUCACCAAGGUGGACAUGGGCGAGAAGCACGUCCUGCGCAUCCACCUCCUGGAGGCCGAGAACCUGAUCGCCAAAGACAACUUCUUCAAGGGGGUGGUGCGGGGCCGCUCCGACCCCUACGCCAAGGUGCGGGUGGCCGGGAGGGUCUUCCGCAGCCGCGUGAUCAAAGAGGACCUCAACCCCCGCUGGAACGAGGUCUACGAGGUGAUCGUGGACAACGUCCCGGGGCAGGACGUGGAGUUCGACCUCUUCGACAAGGACAUCGACAAGGACGACUUCCUGGGCCG